AUGAAAUAAACCGAAGCCCUUCUCCUUCUCCGACCCCCUCUUCCCUGCUGCCUGUUUCGCCCGGUCGCCGCCGCCGCCACCGCCCACGGUCCACCUGCUGGCGACGCCGUCCCGACGCCUCCAUCCCUCUCGAAAUCCAGUAAGCGGUGCUUCAGAAGAAGAUAACAAGUGGAGGGGAGUGUUGAUUCUUAAUAUGUCUCGGGGGCUAUCCUCUUAUCUCUAAGGCACUGCCUCGCAUCCGCUGCGCCCCUUCGCGUGGUUGGGGCAGUUCGUUAUAGAAUACUUUGCAGUUCUCGUUCUUAAAAUAUUUCGGGUUCUAAGAAAAAGCAUAUCUUGGAUUCCUGAGUAUCACAUUUUGUUUCUUUACUAUAUCUCCUCGGUGAUCAAAGUCCAGAAAAGCAUGCAUAGGUGUCGAGCUAGAAUCACUCGGCAAUCACUUGCAGAUUUUUCCAAUUCAUGUGAAGUACGGAAGAGGGUUCGGAAGAAUGGAAUCGAUUUAACAGAGUCAUCUCAUGCGUUCUCAUCUUCUAAUGAUCUCAGUACCAAUCUUUUGGGUGACCGUUUGGGUACUAGAUUGCUGCAGCUGCAAGUUAUUAAUGCACUUCGGAGGGGAGAUAACCAGCAAGCCUCCAAAUUUCUUUUAAACCUUGGUGAAGUGAAGGACUACUUAAAUCCCAAUAGUUUUUCUUAUAUUCUGGAAUAUUGUGCAUCCAAGGGUGAUCCAUUGUUUGCUAUGGAGACAUGGAAUAUGAUGGAGGAAAAAGAUAUUGCCUUAAACAAGAGAAAUUGUAGCUUCAUACUUCAAGCUUUUAGUAAACGAGGAUACAUGGAGCAGGCAUUUAGCUUGCUUAAUUCUCUUGGGGAAAAUGAUCGGGUGCAUUCUUCACUGCCAAUGUUUAAUCUUUUCUUAAGUGGAUGUUGGAGUUCGAAGAGCUUCAAUUAUGUUAACCAUUGCUUGGGGCUGAUGGAAACACAACUUGUUGGCAAGUCUGAAGUAACCUACUGGGAACUUCUUAAGCUUGCAGUUUUGCAGAGAAGUCUAUCUUCAGUUCAUGAGAUCUGGAAGGACUAUGCUAGAUAUUACAAUCCAAGUGCAAUAAUGUUACGGAAAUUUAUUUGGUCCUUCAGUAGGUUAGGUGAUCUUGAAUCUGCAAAUGCUGCCUUAAAACAUCUAGUUAUGUUUGCAAGGCAAGGUAGUGCUUGCCUUUCAAAAUCUGCUUCUGGACAAUAUCAUUCAUCAGGUUUAGAUAUCCCUAUUCCUUCAAAGGACAAACUAUGUGAGAAGGUUUUGUUGGACAAUCCAACUUCCUUAACCCACAGCAGAAAGCCUGAGAUAAGUGUAGGUUUGGAAGCUAGCCUGGAGGUAUUGGAUAUGAGACAUAACAAUGACAAUAGGAAUCUUGAAUUAGAGAAAAUUUUUGAUGGUCAAUCACAAUCUGACAAAGUUGAUGCACUUGUAUCAGGAACCCUAAUAGAUCAAUUAAUAAGCAAGUCAGGGAAAAGUAAAUUCAUUUCAGAGGCACAUGAAAUCAUUGAUGAUGCUGUUCUAAACAACCUAAGUUUCAAAGACAAGCAAGAAGCUUUUUGUGAUCCCAGAACUGAAAACAUGAAACAGAUAUCGAAAAGGUUCUCCCAUCCACUUAUGAACUUGUUGAGAUGGUCUUUUAAUGACAUCAUACAUGCCUGUGCAGAAUUGAAUAAUUACCAGUUGGCUGAGCAGCUAUUUUUGCAGAUGCUUGACAUCGGGUUGAAACCUUCUAAACAUACAUAUGAUGGCUUUGUUAAAUCUGCCAUUGCAGGAAAGGGAGUUGAAUAUGGCAUGAAAGUGCUCAAGAUGAUGGAGGAAAUGAACAUCGAACCAUAUAAUGAUACUUUUGCAGUUCUCUCAAUUGGUUAUAGCCGAAAUUUUGAACUGGAUUUGGCUGAGUUCUUUGCAGAUAAGAUAUCUGUUUGCCUACCCAAGUACAUGUAUACCUACAAUUCUUUGUUUGCUGCCUGUGGUAUCAUGGGUGAACCAGAACGCGCAGUUCGUCUUCUUGUGAAGCUCAAGAAACUGAACAUGAAGUUAAAUAUUUCAACCUAUGCACAUAUGUUCUCAUUGUUUGGUACUGUCAAUGCCCCUUAUGAGCAGGGAAAUAUUCUUUCCCGUCUUGAUGUUUCCAAAAGAAUAAGUGCUAUUGAGAUGGAUAUGGCAAAUAAUGGAAUCCGACACAGUUAUACAUCCUUGAAGAAUUUGAUUAAAGCUUUAGGAGCUGAAGGCAUGAUAGAAGAAAUGCUGCAGUAUCUAAAUGUUGCCGAGAACAUGCUAUGGCAGGCAGAUGGUCACCAGAAAACUGAUAUGUAUAAUGUUGUACUGCAUGCACUUGUACAAGCAAAGGAGUUUCACAAGGCAAUUGAAGUCUUCAGAGGUAUGAGAUUAUGCAGUUUUCCUGCUAAUGUUGGAACAUACAACAUGAUGAUAGAAUGCUGCAGCGUUCUUAAUAGUUUCAAGUCUGCUUGUGCAAUUCUUUCCUUGAUGAUACGCGAUGGUUUCUGCCCACAGAUUUUGACUUUUACUGCCUUGAUUAAGGUUCUUCUAGCAAAUGAAGAUUUUGAAGGAGCUUUUAGUGUUUUGGAUCAAUCAAGGUCCGAAGGCAUUCAGCCUGAUAUCCAGUUUUUUAACACAAUCCUUCGGCAAGCAUUUAUAAAGGGUAGAAUUGAUGUGAUAGAAAUUAUAAUCGAGACCAUGCAUAGAGAUAAAAUAAGUCCUGAUCCAUCUUCUCUAUGGUACACAUUCACUGCAUAUGUAGAGAAUGAAUUCCACAGCACGGCUAUGGAGGCACUCCAAGUGCUGAGCAUGCGGAUGAUCUCUGAAGAUUCUGAGAUUCUUCAAGAGAAAAGAGAUACUUUUGGGCAAUUAAUACUUAGUGAAGACUCAGAUGUAGAGCUACAGAUUGUUCAAACAACUUUUGAAAAAUCACAAGAAUUUCUUGCAACUGCUCUAAUAAACUUGAGGUGGUGUGCUAUCAUGGGUUCUUCCAUAUCAUGGAAUCCAGAGGAAAGUCCAUGGGCGAAAAGGCUCGCCAAUUUAGUUUCUUCUUGAAUGUAAUUUUUGUAUGUUUUCCCCCUCGUCUAAGGAAAUAGAUAGGGCAUUUUCAAUUUAGAAGUUGUUAUAUAAAUAAAAUAAAUGUUAAUUGGUGAAAGUGCAUAACCAAGUUUGUAAAAGUGUAGACAAAGAUCACAAGUUGUAACAACUUCACGAGAAGACUUCAGUAAUGAGUGUUCAGCUUGUACCGUUGAAUAA